AUGUUUAAGGGAGAGUAUUAAAAUGGUCAAUUGUUCAUAUUAGGCUUGAAUCUAAUGCAGAAAUAAUAUCAGGUAAAUGUUAUUAAUGUUGAUUUGAAUUACAUUGCUUUAAUUUUUGUCAACAGCAAAAUUAUGAAAGAAUUUUUAAAAAAUGCAAAUCCUACCAUUAGACUAAGUUGCAAUUAAUUUGACAAUAAUCAUCCGUUUAAAAUCAAUGCAUAAAGAAAAGAGAAAAUUGAUUAUGAAAUUUUUUGUGUUAUAUGCAUAAAAGGAUAUAAAUUAAUGGAUUAAAGGUUCAUAAAAACCUGUCCUAACUUAUUUUUAGAGUGUAAUAUAUUAAUGGCUAGUAUUAAUGUUAAAGAUGUGAAAUGGAUUCAAAACUUAGAAAAUUUACUUUAUGUGAUAAUCAAUAUAGGGUUUUAUCAUAAUCAUCAAUCUAUUUAUGUAUAAAAUAACAAUACAAUUUAUACCGUUGGAUCUCCAGAGUAAGGAUUAUUUAUUGAUUACUUUUUAUAAUUUAAUUGCAUUGGUUUUAUUUUAUCUCAUAAAUUUAUAUUUGAAAUCUAAUAUGAAAGGAUGAUUUGGUAGAGAAUUUUUUCAUUUUUUAUAUAUUUAUUUUAAUACUUAAUUUUUAUUGAAUUAAAACUAUUAUAUCAUAUUCUUUUUGCUCUGUUAUUAUUUUACAGUCAAAUUUAAGUGUUCAACUUUUAAUCGAAGUGCCAUUAGAAUAACUCUCAUAAUUAUGUAUCUAUUUACAGCUAAAUUUGA